AUGGGGGUGUUUCUCGAGAGUUUUCUGAAUGGAAGAAACUUGCCAAACAGCUGGGGACAUCCCAUACAGGCAGACAAAUUGUUGAAAGCACUGAAGCAACACUUCCAUGCAACAAAACAAGAAAAUGAAAAUAUGGACUCUGAAGAAAGCGCCUCUGCUUCCGUUGAGUUGGCUGAACAGAGCAAUCAGGAGGAAAUUAUGCCUGAUUCAGUGUGUUUUCUUCCAAAAAGACAUGGUAAAGAAAAGAAAAUAACCAGAAAAAAGAGGAACUUCAAUGAGGAAACUAAUACCAGUGAAGAAAAUACAGGGCUUUCUGCUGAGAAAGAGGAGCAUUCCGAAAUGAAAGAAAACAAAGUGCCUCGGGGUGAGCAUGAAAAGGGCCAGAAGGCAUUCCAAAAUGAGGAACAAGUAACUAAAAAGAGCGCUAUUAAGAAUUCAGGGAUGGGUACUGGUCAGAAAGAACAACAAGAGAAGACUUCUGCUAAAAGUAGUGGAGAUAAAGGUGAUGCUCAUCAUGCAGGAGGGAAGAUCCCUUUAUAUGUAGGCCGUGCAUCUAGGUCUGGGAAAACAGGAAUGAAAGCUACUACACCAAACUUUAAAAAGUUGCAUGAGGCUCACUUCAAGAAAAUGGAAUCUAUUGCUGACUACAUUGACAGGAAAAAAAAAAUUAUUGAAAACUGCAGCAAUUCUCUCAAUGAAGUCAAGGUGCUGGCCAAAAAAUCGAAUCACUUAAGAGCAUCAGAAAAAGGUGUUCCACAUAACAGUUCUAAGAAACAAACCAGUGGCAAAACACUUUUAUUCAGCCCAAAUCCAGAAAGAGGAAGAUACUCCACCACCUGCACUCCUAGUAACCUCCGGCGCUCACCACGCAGUUCUCUGAAUGCUGCCAGUCGGAGUAUUUUAUCUAGGAAAUCUUCAUUUAAUCCUUCUGUCCUUUCAACAACCAAAAUGAAUGUCAGGUUCUCAGAAGCCACAAAAGAUAAUGAGCAUAAGCGCUCUCUUACCAAGACUCCAUCUAGAAUGUCUCCAUACUUGGAGGAGAUCUGCACACCUGAUAGCCAAAAGAGCUGCAAACUAAUAAGCCAGAAAAACAGCAAGGGAAAUGCAAAAAAUAAUGAUUUGACUGCAUCAAAGGGUAAAGUGGGCGUUAUCACUCCCUUCAAGUUUGCGGCUCAUUCUGCAGAACCCACAAGCACAAAGAAGACAUUUGAUCUCAAAGCAAGUCUCUCCAGGCCGCUUCGGUAUGAGCCACAUAAAGGACGACUAAAACCUUGGGGAGAAUUUAAAGAAAAUACUGUCCUAAAUAAGUCUGUCGGUAGCAACAUCUAUUCACGUAAGGAAGAUUACAAACAGCCGCAUCUCCAGACAAGGGAAGAAAGGCGUGAGAAACAUGAGCAAGAGAGAAAGAAGAAAAAGGCUCAGGCUCUUGGAAAACGUAGAGGACUAUCUGUGGCCUAGGAGGAAUAGGAAAUACCCAAGAAAUCACUGUAAAUACUAUUUCUGCCAUGUAAAUAUUUGUGCUGUCUGUGUAUGGUUCAUGUUGCUAUUAGCUAGCAGUAUCCAGAAAGCAUUGAAUGACACCUUAAAACGCAUCUGAGCGUAAUGGUUUAGUGAUCAACUUCUCUGAUGAGAUGAGAGUUCUAAAGGUUUAGUGAUCAACUUCUCUGAUGAGAUGAGAGUUCUAAACUCUUAGGAGCUUAGAACUAUCUCUAGUUGCUUAAUAGUGUUUUCAUUUAACUGAAAGAUGUUAAAGGAGAAAAUGUAAGUGGAAAAAAGAUGCUCAGGAAGCCACCUUGCAACUUAGGGCAGGUUUCUCUGCCGGAAUGUAUGCUACCCACUGGAAUGCGCACUUUGGAUCGCAAGCUUCGAAGUGUUCCACUGGUAAAUCACAGGCGGCGGCAAUGUCUGCUUGCCCUGUUCUCCAGAUCAAUCCUUAAAUUCUCUAACAACUGUUACAGCAGUUAUCCGGCACUUCUAGCUGCAUACCUAUGAAGUAGUAGGGAAUUGCCAAGGAGAAAAAAUAAGCAAGCUCUCUGGAAAACUAAAAGCUUACAGCAUAACAUAAUUGUAAAAUAACUGUAUUUUUUAAAAGUCACAACUGCAAAGUGGCUUUAAAAACUACCAAUUGGAUGCUUUGAGCAGUUGAGGCUGUUUUGUUCUUUUCUAUGGUAAAUAGCAGAUGCUAACAAAAUUCUUGCUUUUCAUCUCUACAAUGCUUAAAAGAGGUUAUGGUAGUGUUGAAGCACAUUCAAUACCUUAGAUUUAAAAGCUGUUGUUAUUGUUACUUUUAAAAAAUACAUAGAAAGGCUGUCUGGAUUUAU